AUGUUAACAUUGCUGCCAUCCUCUGUCAAGCAGGGAAUGUUGCCCGAUCUCACCUCAUUUCUGAGGAAUAUGCAAGCCCAAUUCAUAUCACUGCAACAACAUACCAAUGAACUUGAAUCUCUUGCUGCAACUAAUGCUAGAUCAACUGCUCAAUUAGCUCCAAGACCUCCUUUUGUUCAACGGGUUGCUGCUUCUGUGAGAAUGUUUGCUAUUUCCACAGGUCCCAAAGGAUAUCAAUAUGUGUAUAUUCUACGUUCACACCAUUUUACACAUAGAGAAGUCCGCAACUCUUUAAAAAUACUUGGUGUUGAUACUGGCUACAUCUUGGAUAUUAAUUUUCCUACCAAAGAAUGCAAGCUAGAAGAAGUUGCUGCUGAACUUCAUUCUAAUCGUUGUCUGAAGGCUCUCAAGUACCUUUGUCCUCAUGUUGCUGUUUCUGUUAGUCAUUUCUUUUGUGACCAAGACUGGAUCUCUAAGGAAGAUAUUCCUGUUCAUUCUGUUUCUGGUCCUGGUGCUAGUAUUCAUGAUUUCUAA